AUGUCUGUUGAAAACAGCACCGAAUCCGUAAAUACCAGAUAUAACAUGGAUCGUAAUAAAAAGAACCUGGCUCUAAUAAUCGACAAUGAAAGUUUCGACGAAUCGACAGGAAUGUCUAGAAGAGAAGGAACCGAUGAAGAUGCAUCGGCGAUUAAACGGACAUUGGAGUCAUUGCAUUUUAAGGUGAUUAACCGCAAGAAUUUAUCAGUGAAAAGCAUGAAACAAAUCUUUACGGAUAUAUCCACGAUGGACCAUGGGAACUAUAACUGUUUCGUUUGUGUUUUAUUGACCCACGGUGAAGACGAUGACCAGAUUUAUGGUACUGAUGGUAAGGUAAAUCUUAACGAUUUAGUGGAGAUGUUGCUUCCUGAUAGAUGCCCAGGUUUAAUAUGUAAGCCAAAACUAUUCUUCAUACAAGCCUGUCGGGGAACGAAAAUGGACAGUGGAGUAAUUAUGCACGAUGCCGCUGCUUUUGGAGGCGAAUAUCAAAAUGUUACAUCUCACAAAGUACCACUUUGGGCAGACGUUCUUCUAGGUUAUUCCACUGUCCCUGGAUUUUAUUCCUAG